GAUUGGGUAAAAUAAUAUAUGUUCAACUAUCUGUUGCGCCGAUUGGAUGUUGAAGCUCGAACCCAUAUUCAUCCCUCCUCUCGCGUGUCAGUCGUGUUUUUAGCAUGUUUUCAUCACUUUCUGUUGAAGGGAGUAUAUGCCCAGAGCAAGUCAAAGGUCUUUGACCAAAUGUGCUUCUAUAAACCUCUGUAUGUGUCGCCUGCUUGUGAGAAACCCAGAACCAUUGGGCAGAGCGGUCAAGUGCUUGCUGCGGCUUCAGAGGAUUAACAUUUGCUAAAGGUGGCUAAGCUAGCUAAUAACAACACUAUCAGCGACUCGUUUGAGUGAAAGCUGCCCAUUCUGGACCAAUUACUGCAGUCUGAAGACGGCUACAGAAAUGCAAGUCCCGGACCUAUUCGUGUCUGCUCCAGGGAAGGCGAUCCUGCACGGAGAGCACGCGGUUGUGCACGGCAAGGUGGCUCUUGCUGUGAGUUUGAACUUGAGAACAUAUUUAUCGUUGAAAGGCACCACCGCUGGCAGUGUUUGCAUCAACCUCCCAAAUAUUGACACAUUCCUCUCCUGGGACCUGUCUGAACUGAAACAGCUUAUUCCUUAUUCCUGUGGUAAGAUGGAGGAGGUGAAACGUCUGGAUGCUGAACUUGUGAGGAAACUACGUGAAUUUGUUGGUGUCACUAACGGAAACUUGGAUACCUGCAACAUGGCCACCCUAGCCUUCCUCUACAUCUACCUCUCAGUGUUUGGAUCAGCUGAGCUGCCCAGCCUUACGGUGACUGUGUGGUCUGAGCUGCCUACUGGAGCGGGACUGGGCUCAAGUGCUGCCUACUCUGUGUGUUUAAGUGCAGCUCUGCUUUGUGCAAAUGGAACCAUCCCCGCUGCUCUCAGGGAGUGGGAUCCCUCCGCCAGGUGGUGUCAGGAGGACCUAGAGCUGAUCAACAGCUGGGCUUUCCAAGGAGAGAUGAUCAUCCAUGGGAAUCCUUCUGGAGUGGAUAACGCUGUAGGAACAUGGGGUGGCAUGCUGAGAUUCUUGGCUGGAAAGAUAAUACCACUGAGCAGGGUACCGUUAUUAAGAAUCCUCCUCACUAACACCAAAGUACCACGUAGCACCAAGGUACUCGUUGCCGGGGUGAAGGACAAGAUUAACAAGUUUCCCUCCAUCAUGAACCCAGUGCUUGACUCGGUUGAUGCCAUUUCCUGCAAUUGUGAGAAAGUCCUCUCAGAGAUGACAUGUGAGCCUAUAACUGGAGAGCACUACAAUAUUCUUGAGGAGCUUAUUGAUAUUAACCAGCACCACCUGAAUGUGAUGGGCGUGGGGCACCCUUCCCUGGACACACUGUGCCGGGUCACAUUGACCAAAGGCCUCCAUAGCAAGCUCACUGGAGCAGGUGGGGGAGGCUGUGGAAUCACUCUCCUGAGACCAGAAACGGAGUCCUCUGUUGUCCAGAUUACAGUGCAGGACUUGAAAGACUGUGGCUUUGACUGCUGGGAAACAAGUAUUGGCGGCCCGGGUGUCCAGCAGCACUCUGCUGCCUCAGUAAAGGAGGAGGUUCUGGAGAUUUUAAACCGGUACUGAGACUUCAGCUGGAUAAAAAACGGAUGUCUUGUUGCUUUUAGCUCAAGCUGGUCAGCUGCACAUUUGUGUGUAUAUAUAGAGUGCAUUGUCCACUAGAGGUCAUCAGAGUUGCACAAAUCCUUCUAAUUAAACAACCAUUUUAUGUUCAGACAUAUAUAUGAAUUACAGUUUUUCUCCAUUGGUU